CGAUUUUAUUAAGCUAGAGCCUUGAGUCUAGGUAUAUACACAUAUUAAGGUGCCAUAUUUAAGCUCAGAAAAUUGCCCAAGGAUCGGACUAUAAAUACCGACUUCAACAUUCCAUGGUCAGAGGCAAAGGCCAGCACCAACAGGCAACAAAAGAGUACGUCAGGGAGGCAACGCUAAUGGGCGGUUGCGCCACCAACAACAGCAACAACAACAACUGGCCACAAUAGAGGCAGCAACAGCUGCGGUAGCAGGAGACAUCGCCACCUUGUUACGAUGUCAACGUAAUGAAAACAAAACAUAAAACUUGCAUUUCCGUUGCCGCUGCCGCUGCGCGUACUGAAAAAAUGAAGUCCGUCAUCCUUUAUCCGUAUGGACCGCUAACGGGUAGCGCUCGCUGCUGUCGCAUGUUGCAUGCCAAAAAUUUGGCCAUAACAAGCGCAAUUUACACAAUUAAUAUAUCACUCUUAAUCGUCCUGAUCUAUUCGUGGCGCAUCAAUGUUAACAUGCACAAAUCUGCCGAGCUCCAGGAUGUCUACUACGGUGUGCAAAUUGCAUAUUUUGCCAUAAUUGGCACACAAAUGUCGAUGAUAUUGUUAAGCAUUGUGUUGAUAUUUGGCAUCUGUCGGGAAAACCCCGGCCUAAUUGUACCCUGGAUAAUUGGCUAUAUUACGUUUAUGGCCUUAGAAGCUGUCGCCAUGGUUUAUUCGAAUGUGUUGCGUGAUCAUGUGAAUAAGCAGUUCGAUGCCAUGUGCAAGGCUGAGGUGGCAUUUUUUAUCGCACGCGCUUUUAUCAAUGUGCUCGCCAUGUGGGGCGUAUUGCGUUUCUAUAAUCUGGUGCGUUCGGGCAUCACCUGGCGCGGACCGGAGGCCAAGACCGCGAUCUUCGCGCCCAUGUACAAGAGCGUGAGCACCCACAGCAAAUCCUCGGUGGUCCAUCUGGAGGGUAAGCGCGCCAAGCAGCGCCAGCGACAGCGUCGCUACAGCGUCGAGGCGGAGAGCGGCUGUUGCGCCAUCUUCGACUUUGACUUUGACUACGACGACGAUGAUGAGGAGGAUGCGGAGGAUGAUGCAGUGGGCUACGAUUAUGACGACUACUAUGACUAUUAUGAGGACGAGGAUGAAGAGCAGCUGGAGCUGGAGUUGGAGCAGCAGGAAGAUGCGGACUGCAGCAUGCUGGGCGCGGGUGCAUCCAAAUCGCGCUCUCGAACGGCAGCAGUCCGGGUGAAGGGUCAGCGCCAGAGGCGCAACAACAACAACAUACGCAGCGUGCUGAUCAAUAAGCGCCACAACAAAUACAAAAUCAGCCGGCCACAGACACAGCUGGAGGUCAUCAACGAGUCGGAGCGCAGCGCGGGCAGCGGCAGCGACGAGAACGACUCCCUGCUGGUGGCCUAUGACAGCAGCUCGUCGCUGGCGUCGGUUUGACAUUGGCCGCCAUGCCACAAUGGAACUUCAGCAAAUGGGAGCCGGAGCCAGGCAAUGCCACCAGCUGACGACAGCAGCGGGAGUGGAAGCGGAAGCGAUACCAGCAGCAGCAGCAGCAGCAGCGGCAGCAGCGAGGACGACGACACUCGGCAGCAUCUGCAGCCUGGAACGCGGCUCUCUGGCAAAGGUUGUGGUCAGCGUCAGCGUAAACGCCGACGUUCACUGCGACGCGUCUACUGCGCUGUAAAUGUCUCCAUAAUGGGCCUCUUGGUGGCCGUGGAGAUAUACGCACAGCUGGCCAUAUUUCUAUAGGUAGGUCAAAUCGUCACAUCUUUGCUAUCAAAGAAGAUAAAGCGAUCAGCACAUGACAAAUAAAUGUAAUAGGAAUCAAACUUCAAAUACAUAUAAUAAGAAAAUCCCUAUAAAAAAUAAACAUAUUAAAUAAAACAAACAAGAAAGCAUUCAUUUGAAAAGAUAUGAUUUGUACAUAUAAAGAUGCAAAUUAACCGCAGACUUGACCUUUAUUAAAUAAAGACAGCGAGUGGGAAAAAAAAAGAUACAAGAAAAGAAAAUUUAAGUGUAGCUAAUUUCCAUAGCAAAUAAGUUAUUCUCUACAUAGUCCAAGAUCUAGUCCAAGUCUAAGCUAAAGCUAUAUAAAAAGGCUGCAAAGGCAUAAUAAGAUUACAGAUAGUUUAGUUCACGGUUUGAACCAGCUUCCUGCCGUGAAAAGAGGUUGAAAAGGGGUUUUGCUUUAUCAAACAUUUUCGAAAUUACAAACAUUUUAUUUUUCAUUUAUUAUUGCCCGUCGUGGUGAAAAUAUUGCAAGCUAUAAAUAUUUUCAUAAACAAAAUGCGGGCUAAAUUAGAUAUAUUCCCAAAAUCCAAUAAUUGGGUCUACUCCAAAAAUAGUUUAUUUUUUACCAAACUCGUUUUCGGUUCACCGUAAAGAAUUACAUUGGAGUUGCAGAUACGCAGCCUUGAUAUAUAAGAUAUAACAAAUACAUUUUAAGAUUUAUUUAUCACAAAUAAACCAUAAGAUUAUUAAAAAUAAAAAUAAAUGACUAAGUAGAAAGUAGACAGGGAUCUCAAGUAUUGCUUACUUUAGUAUUAAGUAUGAACCAGGUAAACUCUCAACUAAAGCGGAAAGAAACUAUAUCAAAAUGUUAACGGAAAAGUGAAGCGGAACCGAUUUUUUCAAAAAACUCCAUUAUCUAAAGAUUAUUUCCAUGUUGGACCGUUACAAUAAAGUCUUCAAACUCUCAAAACAUAGACACGCAAAUUAUUCAUAAUUAUUUGAUGGAGUGAAGAUCUAUUCGGUUCAGUCUGUAGUACAGAGUGAAGUUAGAAUAUCUAUUGCAUUAAAUAAUUUAAGCUACUUUCUCUCUAUCAAAAAAGUUUAUAUACAUAUAGAAGUGUGUAUUUGCGAAGUAAAGAUCAGAUAAAACUAGUUAUAGAAAAUACUUAUGCCCAGUAAAGAAAAUACUUAAUUAUCGCACAUUUUGCUCUUAUCGUAGAGUCAUGUACAAAAACAGAUGAAGCUUUAUUCGGGCAAAAUUUAAUUUUUGUUGGGCUAGCUGGAAACAAAAGCUUUAAAAACUAACAUAGAUAUCCGAAAGAGCAGAAAACAACAGCUUAAAAAGGGAAAGCAAAAAUUUAAUAUUUGAAGUGCGUUUAAAAUAUUAAUUGUAAAUAAACAAAUACCAGAAAAACAAAUCAGCCAGUUCAUAUU